AUGAAGUUCUUCACCACCGCUCUUCUCUCCGCUGCCGCCGUCUCUGGUUAUGCCGUCUACGAGGUCAAGGACUUCACCGCCAGCUGCGUUCCUCACAGCACCUUCUGCAACUACGAGUUCAAGGUGAUCCAGCCCGGAACCAUGGAGACCUGGAAGACUCCCGUCCACUGCUCCGCCCACGUCCAGUCCGCCAACUAUCUCCUCCCUGAUGUCAAGGACGCCAAGUGUGAUGACUCUUCUCGCACCUUCUCCGUCAAGCGCAGCAAGAAGGGCUUGACUUUCUCCAUCUCUCAACCUGUCAGCCCCAUCAGCAACACAGUUGGAAAGCACUUCAUUCCCAACAAGCAGCUCUGGCAGUCCAAGGAGCCCAAUGCUGAGAUCCAGGCCUACAAGGGCCCCAAGGACUUCAAGCUCAACGCCGUUGAGUAG